GUACCCUACUGGGCCGAAUUGAUAAAACAGUCUACUUGAGUAGAUAUGAAGAAACAUAACCAGGGAAAUAGAUAAUCUUUUAUUCUGAAAUGUUACCUCAGCAGAAGUGAUCAGUGUGCAGUGAUAGUGAGGUUUAACAAGCCAUCUCAUUGAAGCUGUCACGAUAAGGCGGCCAAAGGUGGUAGUAGGAGGUUAGGCUGCUGGAGACCUAUUUGACUUCAUGAAACCACUUCCGGAUUCAACGUCUUGCAUAGAAGACGGUGUGUCUGUCGAGUCCUGGGUAGCGUGGCGCGGAUUCGUGAGAGAAUACGGUAUCUUACUUUACUGGCGGUUCUAUUAGCUUAGUCUCUGGUAAGAAGCAUUUCAAGAAAUUGGCCUAAUUUAGCCAGCCGAUCGCCAACAAGAGAUAGUGAAGUAGAGGGAGAAAUGGACAAGAAGUGCGAGACAGAUCGGGUACUAACAGGAGCACGAUGUUGCAUCGUAUGCAUUGCAUAUGAUUGCAACAUAUGUAGGCAAGAACACGCACAUGGGUGAUCCGGUGCAUGUGGAAAAGUACUGGCGGGAUUUUUCACUCUAGUGGCUGACGAUAACGUUGUGCGUGGUGGUUAUCUGUUCGUCCUUGCCUAAGACCGGGUCAAGAUAAUUGAGAUUUUCCUAAAGUCGUAAACAGAUGAAUAGUUUUUGUAAAAUCCGACUACGUGGAUGGACUUGAAUUCUCUAAGAAUGAUGAUGACAACCAUAACCCACUACAGAAGCUGUCCCCUCCGCUAGAGCGUUGCUGGGAGCCCGUAUACGAUCCCGGCUAUUGCCGAUCUGCAUAAUACAUACUUCUGAAAAAAUAUUGCGGGCUGAAGGUCUUCAGAGAAAAAAAUGCUAGUUUUGUCGGGUCAUUUUUCAGUCUUUGAAUAAAAUUCGAAAGGUUAAACAACAAGUCAAUCGGAAGACGAGACUUACGUCAUCAACGACAUUCAGAAACACCAUCGAGCGUCUACGCAGGAUCGUCUCUUAAUACGGGAGUGCCCCUAUAAUUAGUUUCACUGUGAUAGAACCUUCAUCGUCGCCUUUUGAGGUGGUCCAUUCUGAAGAUGGUUCACUCAACGACUCUAUCAGGUGUACAGACAUUUCUUCUGCUUCGGCUAGUACGGCGAGCCGUUUACGAUUACUCGACGACUGGCCACUGCCGAACCUUGCGCUGACGCUAAAGGUGUCAUAGUUGGCCAUGCCGCUGGGCAUGAUCAACUGCACAGGAGCUGCAGUGGCCGCAAGCCCGGCCGCAUCUUUUGGUGGCGCAGGUGAAAUCCUCGGUGAGAACAGUCUCACUCUAGGCACCUCGAACACUUCAGCUCCGAGCUUAGGCGCCGAAGUCAUGCAAAAUUUAUUAGCAAAUAAUAUGACCCUCAACGGAACCGUCUGCAAUGAAAUUCCUCGGGCUGCGCCAGCAUUCACUACCGCCGUACUGCUUAGGGCCUGCGUGCUAUCAGUCAUAGCAGCCUUGUCAUUGGUGUCAAACGUGGCCACGUUGGUAUCAAUAUCGCGAGUCAAUCAACACGUCCGUUCAUCGCUUUAUUCUCUGUUAGCAAAUAUGGCAGUUGCAGACCUUCUUGUCACGGUGUUCUGCAUCGUUGCUGAGGCGGCCUGGACCGCAACGGUGGCUUGGUUAGCCGAUGAAGUAACCUGUAAAGGGCUCAAAUAUAUGCAGGUAUUUUCUUUGUACCUGUCAACAUUCGUGUUGGUCCUGCUAGCUUUCGACCAAUACCUAGCAGUCACCUACCCGAUGCGAAGGGACAAAAAUCGAAGGCUCAUUCGACAGCUCGUCGUGUUCAUUUGGUUUCUAGCCGGAAGCCUAGCAAUCCCGCAGGUGUUUGUAUUUCGUGUUCUUCGAGGCCCUUUUAUCGAGGAGUUCUACCAGUGCGUCACGUAUGGUUUUUAUUCAGCAAAAUGGCAGGAGCAACUAUACACAGGAGUAUCAUUUGUGACGAUGUUUUGCGUGCCGCUCUGUUUUCUCAUUGCAAUUUACGCUUGUACCUUCGUCACGAUAUCACGCACUCAGGGAGGCGUGUUACUGCUCGCCCGUGGCAGCGGCGUCGGCUGCAGUGUGUCGGCUACGUCAUCUUCCUUGACGAUGGAGCAACAACGUAAGCGAUUGUUUAACCGUGCCAAGCGAAAAUCACUUCUAAUAACGCUUGUCAUUGUGGCCGCUUUCGUCGUCUGCUGGACACCAUACUACAUGAUGAUGGUGAUCUUUGUCUUCCUAGCUCCUGAUGAUCAGCAGCUUACCGAGGAGCUGUCGGCAGCAAUCUUCUUUUUUGGCAGUUCAACGGCGUUGAUUAACCCGCUCAUCUAUGGAGUAUUUCAUCUUCGGCGCAAUCGACGAGGACCCGUUCGUGGCGUCUUGCGUACGGUAGCUUCUCAAGGUUUCUCGGAGCGGGACGCCGAUUCGAGGGUAACAACCGCGAGCUCCCGUAAAAUGCAGCGAGAUCCAGCUUCGUCGAAUUCGCUUAGGUACAAUAUAACAACUAUUCAACAGGAUCUAAGCAAUGGGUUAAGCCAUUCCUACGGGCAACUUCGAUGAGUGUUGGCAGGUGCAUAAGAGCUGUGAGCUUCUAGCGCCAAUUACAGAAAAUUGUUGAGGCAUUAUGAUCUGUGGUUGGUAAUAUUGUGUAAGACAAAUCUCUAUAAACAGACUGCAAGCAAAAUAAGAUACGCCGUUACUAUCCUUCGCACAAGAUCGAAAAACAGUCUGAGAAUGUGCGUGUGUGUGUUUAUACAUACAAAUGUAUUUAAACGUAAGAUAAGAGCACUCGAAUUAAGUCACAUUUUACCUUUCGACUGAAGGCAGCUUUAAGAAUACUCGGUUUACUAUUGACAAAUACCUGUACGGCUACAGUAAACAUUAUAUACGGGAUGACUUCAAUUAUAAUCCAAGUUACAACUUAUAUAGAACGUUCGAUAACGCUUAAAAAGUCGCAUGUUAUGAUAUCACUACGUCGCCUGUGAAUAUACUAUACGUUAUACCUAGAUAUGAAUUACUGCGUGGUAUCAGAUCGGGGACGAGUUCCUGCCUUGUCUUCGUUCUCAUGUCACCGUGACGUCAUUCAUUUUGAAGAGAAAGCUUGGUGAGCCCUGUAAACGGCGCUGCCCUCAUGACAUGCCCUGUAACAUUCGAAAGCUAGAAAACACGAAAUAAAAAACAAUGAAUACAAAUGAUCAUACAGAAUAGAUAUAACCGGACCGCGCAGUGAAGCCACGACUGUAGCGGAAACUUGCAUCCAAUGGCUCUGUUUUGAUCUGUUAUUAAUCGAUAUUGGCAAGCAUUGUUACUGACAGGCAGCAAGCUUGACAUUUAUUUUGCAUCUUUAUUAUAUCGUUGCAGGAGAAACAACGGGACAGACACACAGAUAAACAGUGGGAAAAAGUGAUCCACGUGAAAGCUCGCUGACUGUAAUGAUUAGAAUGCGCACCUCUACAUUUUUAUUUCUAUUCCCCAUUUGUUUGAAAGAGUCUGAUGCAUCGCGUUUAAUAUCUAGCGCUUUACGUAUGCGACACGAGCGCCGUAUUCAGCUAAUUUUGUCACGCACGAUUCUAAAAACGAACUUCAAGGAACGAAAAUAAUACAUAAUUCUGCGGCUAGCUCCAAACACGGUAUAUUACGUAACUGUAUAACAAUUAGGAAACAACUUAAUUGUUUUUUAUUUGAAGAGAAUACAUGUUUGCAAUGCAGCUUACAUAUUGAAGAGACAGAACGGGAAAAAUGAAGUGGUCAGAUAUAUUGUGUUCAAAUUCGCUUAGAUUCUAGCCUUUGUUUCACUGUCGCAAAGGCGAUGUUAGCAUUUGUCAAUCUUAGCGACGCCUAGUAUCAGAGGUGGAUCAGGGCUCAGGACAAUGUUUAAGGUGUUUCUAACGAAAUGAAAAUGCGGAUUCAACAUCAUUUGAUGGUCUUCAUGCCUUCUACGAAGACAAACUGGUAAGCAUCACAGCAGUAUCUAUCACUUGAAUAUUCAAGCAUGCUUCGUCGUAUAAAUCUGGUCGUAAAAAACAGGUCGAAGAGAACUGAUUACCAUUUACAAUAUACUCUUUACGACUAACCAAUGUGCAAAAAGCAGGAAAUAUCCACAUGCAUGAACCAUGUGGUAAACAGCAUUGUAAAGAUCAGAAACCGAAUGGCCAUAAGCAGCGAACGGGCCAGACGCUGUUAGUUGAUGAUGCCUCUUACGUACCUUAGCAUUUAUAUAUUACGCAUAUAUACGGGCAGAUGUGCGAUCGAAGGCAUAGUUACGUAUAUUAAG